CGGGAGCCUUCGGCCGCCGCCCGCCACCCGCCGCCCGCCGCCCGCUCCGGCCGCAGCAUGUUGCGCGCAGCUGCGCUCGCCGCCACGGGCCUCGCGCCGCGCCUGGGCCGCCGCCUCCUGUCCGCCGCCGCCCAGGCGGUGCCGGCCCCCAACCAGCAGCCCGAAGUCUUCUACAACCAGAUCUUCAUAAACAAUGAGUGGCAUGAUGCCGUCAGCAAGAAAACGUUCCCCACCAUCAAUCCAUCCACUGGGGAAAUCAUCUGUCAAGUAGCUGAAGGAGACAAGGAAGAUGUGGACAGGGCAGUAAAGGCUGCUCGGGCCGCCUUCCAGCUGGGCUCGCCCUGGCGCCGCAUGGAUGCCUCCGACAGGGGCCGGCUGCUGAACCGCCUGGCUGACCUGAUUGAGCGGGACCGGACCUACCUGGCAGCCUUGGAGACCCUGGAUAAUGGCAAGCCCUAUAUCAUCUCCUACCUGGUGGAUUUGGACAUGGUCCUCAAAUGUCUUCGUUAUUAUGCUGGCUGGGCCGAUAAGUACCAUGGGAAAACCAUUCCCAUCGACGGGGACUUCUUCAGUUACACCCGCCAUGAACCUGUGGGUGUGUGUGGGCAGAUCAUCCCGUGGAACUUCCCGCUCCUGAUGCAAGUAUGGAAACUGGGCCCUGCCUUGGCGACUGGAAAUGUGGUUGUGAUGAAGGUGGCUGAGCAGACGCCACUCACCGCCCUCUACGUGGCCAACUUGAUAAAGGAGGCUGGCUUCCCCCCGGGCGUGGUUAAUAUUAUUCCUGGAUUUGGGCCCACGGCUGGGGCUGCCAUCGCCUCCCACAUGGAUGUGGACAAAGUGGCCUUCACAGGCUCCACCGAGGUUGGCCGCCUGAUCCAGGUUGCUGCGGGGAACAGUAACCUCAAGCGAGUGACCCUGGAGCUGGGGGGGAAGAGCCCCAACAUCAUCAUGUCAGAUGCUGAUAUGGACUGGGCCGUGGAGCAGGCCCACUUCGCCCUGUUCUUCAACCAGGGCCAGUGCUGCUGUGCGGGCUCCCGGACCUUUGUGCAGGAGGAUGUUUAUGCUGAGUUUGUGGAGCGGAGCGUUGCCCGGGCCAAGUCUCGGGUGGUUGGGAACCCCUUUGACAGCCAGACUGAGCAGGGGCCGCAGGUGGAUGAAACUCAGUUUAAGAAGGUCCUUGGCUAUAUCAACUCUGGGAAGAAGGAGGGGGCGAAGCUGCUGUGUGGUGGAGGGGCGGCUGCUGACCGAGGCUACUUCAUCCAGCCCACUGUGUUCGGAGAUGUGCAAGAUGGCAUGACCAUCGCAAAGGAGGAGAUCUUUGGGCCAGUGAUGCAGAUCCUGAAGUUUAAGACCAUAGAGGAAGUCGUUGGGAGAGCAAACAAUUCCAAGUAUGGGCUGGCCGCAGCUGUCUUCACAAAGGACUUGGACAAAGCCAAUUAUCUGUCCCAAGCGCUCCAGGCUGGCACUGUGUGGAUCAACUGCUAUGAUGUGUUUGGGGCCCAGUCACCGUUUGGUGGCUACAAGAUGUCUGGGAAUGGCCGGGAGCUGGGAGAGUACGGCCUGCAGGCAUACACUGAAGUGAAAACCGUCACAGUCAAAGUUCCUCAGAAGAACUCAUAAAGAACCACACUGGCUUCCUUCCUUACCCAGUGACUGGGCGUUCAAUGGAAUCAACAACAAAACCAAGAAAAAAAAGUUUCAAAAGAAAUUCUCCUACACAAUCUCUUGGAUCAGCAAAGGCCCAGAAUUUGAAUUCCUUUUGGGUGGGGGUGGGUGAAGAGGUUAUAGUUUUUCAGAAAUAGCCUGGAAUGUCUCAUCCCAUCUGAUACACUUUUGUAACUUGCCUUUAAGGGGGGGAGGAAAGCCUUUGUGUAUAGCUGUACUAACACUGAGGCCACAGCUAGCACCUUGUUUUGUAUUCUGGGUUAAAACUCAUUAAAAACACUGCUACUCUGCA